AUGUCUGCACCCACUCCCCCGCCCCUGACGGUGCGAGUGUGGCCUCACACGCAGUGCACCUGGCUGUUGGGGCUGGCAGCCUCGGGCGCGCUGGCCCUGGCAGCCCCGCAGCAGGCUGCGCUCCCAUUGCUGCCAAGCCCGGCAGCAUCGAUCGGGGCACGGCUGGCGCUGGGGGCACCCCUGCUGGCGGCAUCCCUGUACUGCAAUAUUGCCACCCGGGAGCUGGAGAAGGCGGGAGCUGGCGGCCAUGUGUGUGUGUGCGCCGCGUGGGCGGUGCUGCUCAACUCCAGGUGGCCGCUGGUGAUGCUGGUGCCUUGGCUGGCGCAUGUGCAGCUGGCGAUGGUGCCCAAGGAGGAGGAGGUGCUGGCGGCGCUGUUUCCAGAGGAGCGGGAGCAGUACAGGCGGGAUGUGCCGCGCUGGAUCCCGCGCCUCUGGUGA